AUGAGAGAACUUGGGUCCGUGAAAAUCCUGCUUCUCACUUUCCUCGGCCUCGGAAUGCUCAACGCAACCAUGAUCAAACCUGUCGCUGAAAGCGCCAUCUACCGCCUCGCUGGACUAGGAGGAAUACUAGCUGGGCAGACCAUAGCCCUAAAGCCGGAGGGUAAUGCUCGAGAUACGCCCCAACCUCAUGUAUGGACCCUACGCUCUGGGGUGUAUACUCCUCGGCAAGUGGUCGAGGGCUUUGCUCCCCUUCUGGACACAGUCGUCUACCGUCUGGGCGAGGAUGUCCCAAAUACAAGAUCUGCCAGGGCAUUGCUCCUCGACAAUGUUGCCUCCAACUUGGCGACCCACACGCGCGAAUCCACCCUAUCCUUCCAGAAGGAUGUGCCGGAUCUCUCGCGUAGGGAGAUGAAGGAGCAGGCUGAUCGAAUCGGGAAGGCCCUCGUCAAAUGGGCGCGUGAGGCCUCCAAUGGCCCCUUCGAACCCGAACUCAACAUCCGCAGCCCGUGCGAGAAUCAUCUCCUUACACCGGUAAAUGUCGAUCUCAUGUUCGGGCCUCGCAGUCAGCCGCAUCUAAUGCAACUGUUCAAUGAAUACAUGCAUCAGAUGGUGCUGCUUCGCGACGCUCUUCUUCCGUUCCUGAACUUCGAUGAGGUCCUGAUUCCCAUCGACGGCAAGGCUGCUCGAGGCAUUCGUCAUGUGGAGCCCAGUCGCGCGCAAUUCCUGACGACCCUCGUCACCAAGAGCGUGACUCAAGUGUCGGUCCUAGCACACGCUAAAGCGCUUCUGGCUCCAGAUCUGCCCCGGACUGACACCGGUGGUUAUGCUUUCCAGUACGAGCAUGGCACCAUCCUGCCGGCCGUCCUGAGCGGCGGAGAUACCCAUUUCCACUUGCUGGAGUACGUCCCUGCCAAGUUCGAUCCAUCUCAGAAGAACAUCUUGUUCGACUAUGAAUUCUCAGAUUACUAUACUGCCCCGCGUCCUGAGAUUGCCCCUGGCUCCCAGGUACAGGCCGAAGAUCUGCUGAAGUUUCCCUCCGAGUCCACAUCUUCUGUGGUCCAGAAUGCCAGUCUAGGCCUGGUGCCUUCAACCGAGUCCACUCCUGUCCGUCAGCUGGAGCUCCGGCUUGAGUUUAACAGCGGCAAGUGUGUCGGCGUCGACGUCGGUCAGAUUGCCCGCGGCCACCGGUACGCGUACCAGGCCCUCGUGGGCAAGGAGGCAGACCUCCCAGCUCAGCAUGCUAUAGUCCACUCGGCCCUGGACAUUCUCUUGCACCCCGACCGUGGUCUUAUCACCGCAAAACAUGGCGGUAUUCAUGUUAUCCCGACCGUGGAGCCAAUCGUCGCUCUCGCAACUCUUGGCAAGCUGUAUCCAGAGAACGUUGUGCUCCUGCCGCAGUAUGAUGGUGUCAGCCAGACUGAGAAGGCUGGUAAGGGAUUCGAACCUAAAUUCAUUAUCUGGGGUGGUGUGGAACAUGGUGGCUUUAAGGGACGUUUCUGA